UUUUUUUUUUGUUUUUUAUUCUAAAACUUAAAAAAAUAUAUUGAUAAAGAUUUUGCUCGCAAUACAUUACAUUAUUGCUGCUCGUCUGUAAAUUAAAAGGAGAAGAAAACCGAUCGGACAUUUGUUGAAAUAUUGUUACAAAAUAAAGUGAAAAUAAUUUUUUAAAGGAGGCAAAGGCAAAGUGCAAACAGAAAUCUAUAUUCAUAUAUAAUGUAAAAUGUCUUAGAAAAGUUCCACUUUUUCAAUCUUUUUACCCUCAUUUUACUAAAAGAAAAAAAAAAAAAAACAACAAAAAAAACGAAAAAAAUUUAGAAAAUUUAUAAAAGAAAAAUGCUAAGAAAAUCUUUGGUGUUUCUAGUUACAUUAAUAGUGAUUUCACCUUGGCUGUUGGUGUUAAGUGCAUCAUUUAAUCAAAGCGAGCCUGAAUGGAUCGCCGCCAUUAAGCGGAAGACAGAUGAGAUACUCAAGAGUUUUGAUGCCAAGACGAGUGAGAAAAUAAAUAAUGUCGAGAGACAAUAUAAAAAUAUUCCCCAUAAUUUAUUCCUUUCGGAUGAGUUCGCUUCAUCAGAAUACCAUGACGAUGUCGAUAUGGAAUUAAAUUUCGAUCAAACUGUCGACGAUAAUAAUAAUAACGAUUGGGAUUUAUUAAUAUUUACGCAACAAUGGCCGGCGACGACUUGCUAUCAUUGGCGGGAACAAGAUAAGAAUCAUGAAUGCAAAUUGCCAAACAUUAAAGAAUUCUGGACUAUACAUGGUAUUUGGCCGACUAAAUUGGGUCAUAUGGGUCCGAGCUUUUGCAAUAAAACGGCAAAUUUCGAUAUAAACGCCUUGCACGACAUAAUGGAACGUAUGAAUCUUUUUUGGCCCGAUAUAGAUGGUGAAGAAGCGCCACAGGAUCAUUGGCUAUGGAAGCAUGAAUGGCUAAAGCAUGGCACAUGCGCUGCCACCCUUGAUCAAUUAAAUAAUGAAAACAAAUAUUUCGAUCAGGGUUUAAAGUGGCGUGAAAAUUAUUUGAUAUCAAAUAUAUUACGCGAUUCAAACAUACAUCCUGACUCUAAUAAUACUGUUGUUGCUUUGCAUACCGCUUUAAUUAAAGGUUUAGGCAAAAAUCCAUCAAUACAUUGCCUAUACGAUGGAAAAAACGAUAUCAGCUAUUUGGCCGAUAUACGUAUCUGUUUUAAUAAAAGCUUAGAAUUGGUCGACUGUGAUGGAGUUUUACGCGAUGCAACAUCUAUAGAUUAUCCCGGCGGCACGAUUAUCACAAAUUGUCAUAUCUCGCAGGCAGUUCAUUAUCCCAGUUUGGUUCCGGGUCGACAUGUUGUAAACGAGAGAAAAUGGAAGUUUCCAAUUGUUAAUCUUUAUAAAUUAAUACAAUUCAUUAUGUGGUUUACUCUGUAAGAUGACGGACGAUGGGAUUUCGGGAGCAGCAGCAACAGCAGCAAAAGCAUGAGAAACUUCAAAGACUCUUUCAAAUCUAUGAGAAAGAAGCACAAAACAGGCAAUUUUAAGAAAGAGAGAGAGAGAGAUGGAGAGAGAGAGAAAA